AUGAGAGUAUUCACAUCGAUUCAACUAUUCAUUCUUUCUUAUUCCCUUUUUUCCAGCCUCGUUUUAGCAAAUGAGCCGACGGCUGCUACACAGUUGGAAGAUGCUCCGGAGUGUGCUGUGGGUAUCCCAGGAUCUUCCCAACUCUGGCAAUUUGUUAAUGGUGGUUUAGCUCAAAUGCUUUGCUCAAUUGAUGAGCCGGCAUUGUCAGAAGGAAACAAAAACAUAUUAUGCCGUAAUACAGUGAUCAGCAAUGAAGCUGCUGGGUGUACGCUCGUCCAAUGCAGCAUGAGAGAUCUAUUUGACUUUCUGAAGAUUGAACAAGCAACAUGUGGUAGACCCGAACUUGACAAUGACCACAAGAUCAGGAGCCUUGUGUAUACUAUCCUCGGCAUUGUUGUUGCUUUGGUCGUUUCACGUAUUGUAGUCAAAAUGCAGCGAACUCAAUCAUGGGGAGCAGAUGACAUUACCAUCAUCGCAGCGGCAAUAUUCACAGUUCUCCAAUGUAUCAUGAUGGGUUUGAGUAGGUCAUUCAUCCAGUGUUUUACUAAUGCCGCCGAAGUGACCUUUAAAGGUUUGGGUCAUAAUGUUUGGCUGUUCAGUGACAAUACCAUCACGACCUUUUACAUCUAUCUCCUCGUCGUCCAAUAUGCAUACGUCUUGAGUCUUUGCCUCGUCAAACUAUCAAUCCUUUUCUUCUUCCUACGUACCUUCCCAGACCAAACGUUUAGAACCUUGGUCAAGUGGACGAUCGGCUUCAAUAUUCUUACUACGAUCAUCUUCAGCAUAUGUGGUGCACUUCAACGACAGCCUGUGUACUUACUAUGGGAAGGAUGGAAAGAUUUCCCACCAAAGGGCACUACAUUAAACAUACCGGCAAUCAUAUUCUCGCACGCCGCUAUUAACAUCGCUCUGGACGUCUGGAUGUUCGUUCUUCCUUUAACUCAACUGUAUCAUUUGGGUCUCAAGCCAAAAAAGAAAGCCGGUGUUAUGCUUAUCUUUGGUGUUGGAAUAUUCCUCAUAGCAGCCAGUUGUGUUCGCAUCCCAUACUUGAUCGGUUUCAACAGGUCAUUGAACUCAACAUCCGACUCUCAAGGAUUCAUCGUUUGGUCCAACAUUGAGUGUGGUGUAGGCAUCCUCGUCGCAUGCAUGCCGCACAUGCAACCCGUCUUCCGCGCCAUAGCAGCUCGAGCACGAUCGUGGAAGCUGCUGCCAAGUAACUCAUGCGGUGGUGACGGCGUGUUUGUCCAAAGAGGGCUUAAGACUAUCAAAAUCACGAAUGCUGGGGGAAACACCAUGCGCACUGAUGGAACCACGUUGGUUGGUGGCGAUGAUGUGGAACUUAAUGAUUCGGGGAGACUAUUAACUUUGACAGAAACUUCCAAGUCGGGGAAGCUAAAAGGUAAUGAUGUUUGUGAUGGACGUACCUCGGGUUCAGUAGGGUCGGAAGAGGAUGGAUAUAAAAGAUAG